AUGGUUGUCUUCAAUCGUCCAUAUGAAUUUCCUUAUGCUAAAUGGAGUGCGCGAAAGGUCUACGAACAAGUCAUUGAUGUUCCCAAAGCUAAAAGGAAAAGAUUAAAUAAGCCUGAAGGAAUGCCCGUUACUAUUGGUAAUUUAAUGGAAGCUUGUAUGAAAUUUGACGAUAAAAGGGAUGAAAGGCCUUCAUUUGAACAAAUUGAGAAAAUUGUUGAUAAUAUAUAUAGAAAGAUGUAG